GUGACAUUGUAGGUCAACGGGUUCGUUCGUUACAGAGGAAUCCUCAGCGGCGGGCUGCGGUGACCGAGCGAACUGCGACCGAGCAGUCUAUAGUUGGGCUAGAAAUUGCCAAUCCGAUCUGGCAACACUGGCUGUGGAAGUAGGUCAGUAGAUCAGUGGAGCAGAGCCUGGAGCUGGGGGUCUGAGACACACUGCCUUGGUCGAGCUGCACCAGGACUACCAGGAAUACCAGCCCCUGGACCGGGUCUUUAUAAGGUGGACCCUGACCACGGUGUGAUCCUACAGGAGAGGAACGGAAGUUCAAUGACCCCCAGUCUUGCUGCUGGCAUGGAGACGCCAAGGAAGCGGAAGGGCAGCACAGACAACCAGGACUCCAAAUCAGCCUCUAUUCCUGAUGCGGAUAUGGAGGAUGAAGAAGAAGAAGAUGAAGAAGAAGAAGAAGGGUUCAACGGAGAGGACCAGAAGGUGAAGAUACAGUGCUUCAGGGAGCCCCACAGCCAGAUCGAAAAGCGCAGGAGAGACAAGAUGAACAAUCUGAUUGACGAGCUGUCAGCCAUGAUCCCAUCCUGUCAUCCCAUGUCUCGCCGGCUGGAUAAACUCACUGUUCUUCGAAUGGCCGUGCAGCAUCUCAAGUCUCUCAAAGGUUCCUCUUCUUCGUUUUCUGAAACUACCUAUAAGCCUUCAUUCCUCCCUGAUGAGGAAUUCAAACAGCUUGUGCUCAAGGCUGCCGAUGGCUUUCUGUUUGUGGUAGGCUGUGACCGUGGAAAGAUAGUCUUCGUCUCUGAAUCCAUCACCAAGAUCCUCAACUAUAGUCGGGCGGAGUUGAUUGGCCAGAGUCUGUUUGACUACGUUCAUCCUAAAGACAUGGGGAAGGUGAAGGAGCAGCUCUCCGCCUCGGAGCUGUACCCUCGCGAGCGCCUCAUAGACGCUAAAACCGGGCUGCAGGUGCCGGCUGACCUCCCAGCCGGCGCAAACAGGCUGGGCUCCGGAGCCCGCCGCUCCUUCUUCUGUCGCAUGAAGUACAACAAGGUCUCCGUGAAGGUGGAGGAGAACGAGUUCCAGCCGGGCCCGUCCAAAAGGAAAGAGAGCCAGCGGUUCUGCACUGUGCACUGCACGGGCUACCUGCGUUGCUGGCCCAGCGGCACCCUUGGGGUGGAGGGAGAGGGGGACACCGACAAGGAGGGCUCUCCCUUCAACUGCCUGGUGGCGGUUGGCCGGGUCCACGCCCCCAGCGCCCCCCAGGCCAACGGGGGGGUGCAGGUCAAGCCCACCGAGUUCAUCACUCGCUACGCCAUGGAUGGGAAGUUCACCUUUGUUGAUCAAAGGGCAACCACAGUGCUGGGCUACCUGCCGCAGGAACUCCUCGGGACCUCGUGCUACGAGUAUGUCCACCAAGACGACCUCCUCCACCUAUCUGAACGCCAUAGGGAAGUUCUGCGGAGUAAAGAAAAGAUCGAAACAAAUUGCUAUCAGUUCAAAACCAAACAUGGCUCCUUUGUCACUCUACAAAGUCAGUGGUUCAGUUUUGUUAAUCCCUGGACCAAAGAAGUGGAAUACAUCGUGUCGACCAACACGGUUUUAUUGCCGAAGCAGGAUGGGUCCAGUCAGAGAGGGGCAGAGGCGGACCAGUCCAGUGACUCAAAGACUUCUGAAGGUGGCCAAAAGUCCCAUCCGAUAAUCCCAGGGAUGUCCUGUAAACCAGGCACCAUGAUCUACGCAGGAAGUAUCGGAACUCAGAUCGCAAUUGAACUUCUGGAUUACAACAGGAUAAACUCCUCCCCUUCCAGUGGCAAGGCUAGCCCCUUCAGCCUGCUGCAGGACCGGUCCCCCCAGGGCCCCAGUCAGGGGCCCCGCGCUAAUGGGUCCAACGGCGAGGCGACGGACAUGGAGUUACCGGGGAGCUCUGAAGACGAGCCACAGGACACGCCCCAUCCAAGGCGAGAGUCCCCCAUGGGGGAGGCCCCUCAGCUGGACCUGGAGGGGCCCGGCCUCGGCGGCCUCACCAGCGACGAGGCGGCCAUGGCCGUCAUCAUGAGCCUGUUGGAGACCGACGCAAACCUGGACUUUGGAGAGAUGCACUGGUCGCUUUAGAACCUUCUACCUCUCAGAGCGUAGCCAUGGAAACGUGUGACCUGGGGAAGAAAGGAUUUAUUUAUUGGUUUUGAUUCUCCAUGUAAGCUGUGUAAUAUUCAGGGGACUGUUGUGCACCAGGGCAGCAUUCAUGUCAAUAAAGGGACCACUUCCUGCAACAGGAGGAGGCUCAGAAAACGUACAGCUGUGUUUGCUGGCGAGUGCCGGACCCUAGACCGCGUCCAGCUCGGUCUAGCCACGGCUCUCUCUGUCCGGGUCAGGGCAGUAUGUUUGAACCCCAUCUCUACUAAUGAACACUAAACUAGGGGCCAGAUGACAUUCCCUUCUUCUCUAAUCUAUCAGUCUACACUUGAAAAACAGAGGGGAGGGACCAUGCAAUUUUUCUUCUAAAGCUGCACUGAAAUAGGGUAUUUUAAAGAAAGACGUUAGGAGGAUCUGACGGACAGACUUGUGCAGCCCCCCCACAAUGAGCUGCUUGUCAACUUGAGAAUAUGAGGCUGUAUGCUUUUGUGGUUUUAGAGCUAAAGGCAAGCCACUCUUGAGGGAAUGUUCACUCGUGUAUAGCUUGGUCAUUCAGCAUGCAGACCUCUGGAGAAAAGACCAACAGCGUAGUCCAGUGCUGAGUGUGAAGGGCUGGUAAUGACAAGUGUUGACCAAGUGUUAUGUGUUACAUACUGGAGGAGGAACUUGCCUUGAGCUAAUGUUAGAUAUAUACAUUAAAAAUAACUUAAUAUAACUCUGAACCCAACACCAGAUUCUCAAAGAAGCCAAGACUUGCAAUAUGAGCACAGCAUUUUUUGAGUUGGAAUGCAAUUAUUAUUAUUACUUCCAGAUUUGCUAAAAAUGGCUGAUUAUAAAUUGUUGGAUCUGCAUCUGAGGACAGAGGCUGGUUACUCAGGGACCAAAUGAAUCAGAAUUUCUUGAAGGAAUUCAUUCAUUUAACUAUCCAUUACCAUAUAUAAAUCAACCUUAAUUUACUAACACAUGCAUUCUUAUUUUUUUUUCAAAUAUAGAUAUUAUCAGAUAAACACAUUUUUAUUUGCCUUAAUUUUUUCUUGUAUUGGUGUUAUAUUAUGCAGUGAGUCUGACGCAUGUCAGGUCUAUGUUCCCGAGCUUGUGGAAAGCCCAUAGUUGUGUGAAUGGUUGUUAUAGGCUACACUAUGCAGGGAUACCAGAUGUUCUAUACUUGACCCUUUCUCUCUUAAUUCUUGCAACAGCGAGUAUUGCAUGGUUAAAGACGGAUUGUGUUGGUUGGAGAGCAGGAUGCUAUUGUAAGUUAGACAGCCACAUGUUGAUCAAGGUUUAAGUUACCAAAGUGAUUAUUCAACCAUCGUCAACAGUUUUAACUGCAGCAAGUUUUGUGCUGCAAAUGUCAAAUCAUUGCUGAUGCCAAAUAUGGUGAAAAGUCCUCCAGCUUGCAACUUUAUUUCAGGGAACUAUAUUAUAUAUCCAUAUUGAAUAAAUGCUCAAAGCAAAAUUCCAAACGGUGUCAUUUCAUAGUAUCCUCGUUCUAUGCAUCUGAAGGACUGCCCUCUAUGGUUUGGGAAGGCAUCCUAACGUGAUAUGGUUUUCACCUGGAGACCACAGCUGAAACACGUGGUUAUAUUUGAGCCUUUGCUUACUGGUUAAGAGAUGUUUCUGCUCCUGUGACCGUAGCUAUGGUGUUGAGCACCCAGCGGUCCGGCUCUGAUCCUCCAAGCCUCACUCUCAUUAAACAUCACUUUCGAUACUUCAAUAGUCCACAUUAAGGGUUGACAUAUUUUCUUUAUAAUUAAACUUUAGAUUAAGUCUCUUAACUGGCAAAUCUUUUUCCAAUCUUAAAAUAAUUUAUGACCAGGUAACUAGCCGCUCAUUUAAAAUGUGUCUUGUAUCAUAUUUUCAAAACCCCUCCUGGGUCUGAUGCUGUCACCUCUCCUGAAACAGUUGGAGUCACUUCUAUGCCUGUGGAUGUUCUCCUGGGCUCGUCUCCCAUGGGUCUGUGGGUCCUUCAAACAGUUCAUAAUGAUGAAGAGAAAAGGCUUCCAACGGAUGGAUGGCAAAACACACGAGGGCUUCAGUGUCUGAUGUGCCUUUGGUCAAUUCCUGCAGAGCCUUUUCAGGCAGAUGUUUCAACUAUGGCCCCAAAGUUUAAAGAACCCUGUUUAGAAGAGUGGAUACAGGAGUCUUAAUUCAAGUUUUACCUACUUUGAUAGUAAUCAAACGAUUCAGCUGUACUGACAUGUUCCAUACAGACACAGGCAGUGGUUUUAAAGGCCUAAUGGUUUCUGUUUGUAUCUCCUUGUUGAUUUGUUCUUCUGAACUCAUUGAGUCCACAUAGUUCUGAACCCUGCCUGUGUUUCAUCAGAGCCCACAAUGUUUUUUUAUUAAAGGUGACAUAUUAUACCACCAGGUGUGAGUGUGAUUAGCCAUUACAAGACGUUUUGAAAAUCAGCCUCUUCUGACAUCACAAGUGGGCGUAUCCACCUAGAUGUGUGCUGGAUAGAUCAGUCUACCAGCCUACCAGUGGACUGUAGCAAACGUUGUUCAUUUAGUGGUAUAAUAUGUCAUCUUUAAAUUGUUUAAAGCUUUUUCCAGAAUAAAAUUUGGUAUAGGAAGGAUAUUGUAUGUUUUCAUGAUGCCCUGGACGCAGUGUAUUUACGUUGCAUGAGCUUUAUAACGAUUCUCUUGUCUUUUUUUUCAUGUAUUUAGACUAAUAUAAUCAGUUGGACCCUAGAAGCUGGAACAGAGACUUCCCAGUGCUUAACGGUAUAAAUGUAAUGCCGUUCAGCCUUGGAUUACAUCUUCAAUCCAAAGGAGAGUUUGUCUCUGAAUAUGUCAUGAUGUAAAUUAAUUAAACCUAGCUAUCCAGUAUGAUAAAACUAGGAAUACUA